GAUUAGUGAAAGGGGAAUAGAAUACACGAGAAAAGUGGGUUAUGUAGUUAAUACAGAGAGGCCAAAUGCCUACCAUGAACACUUGUCUCUCAUCUUCUCAAUUUUGAACUUCUUUUUAGGGAGCGAGAGAGAGAGAGAGAGAGUGAGUGCUUUCGGUUCCAGAUGCUCUUGCAAUGGGGAAAGAAGCGCAGCAAAAUCUGCAGCAAUGGCAGAGCUACGAGAAUGGAAACGGAGGAGGAAGGGAAGGAGGUUCUUCGGGUAUUUUCUGUGAGAGAUGUUCCAUGGGAUUAUCAAGAAUAUAUAAGGAUUUUAGUUUUAGGUGUUUUUUCGUUUUGAUUCUCAGUUUAUCUCUUUUGGUCUCUGGGAUCUUCUGGAUCCUCCCUUCCCAUACAGCAAAAUUAGAUGGUUUCGAUGCUAAAGAUUCGAUUAAGUUCAGUGCUGCAGUACAAGUAUACUUUAGACUGCAAAAGCCAGUUUCACAGGUUGUUCAACACAUUGACAGACUAGAAUAUGAUAUCAACGAUGAAAUAGGCGUGCCGGGAGCAAAGGUGGCUGUCCUAUCCAUGCACCAGUCAGGUGCAUCUAACUGGACUGAGGUGGUGUUUGGUGUUCUUUCUAACUCAAUACAAGUUCCUAUAAAUCAAGUGUCCCUAAGUGUGCUGAGGUCAUCUUUAAUUGAGGUGUUCCUUCGGGAAUCCAAUCUGACUCUGACAACCUCAAUUUUUGGGCAGCCCUCUAUGUUUCAGAUUUUAAAGUUUUCUGGGGGGAUUACUGUUAUCCCGGUAGCCUAUGCUUCCAUUUGGCAGAGGCCCCAGAUCCUCUUUAAGUUUACCCUCAAUAAUUCCAUAGCUGAAAUACUGUAUAAUCUGGCAGAGUUGAGGAAUCAAUUGAAGUUUGGACUGCACCUCAGACCUUACGAGAAUGUAAUUGUGCAAAUAACAAACACAGCUGGUUCCACAAUUGAUUCCCCAGUCACUGUUCAGGCUUCUGUAGUGUCAGAUCUUGGGAGCCUUCUACCACUGAGAUUGAGACAGUUGGCCCAAACAAUUACAGAUUCUCCUUCAAAGAAUCUUGGCCUUGAUAACUCAGUUUUUGGUAAAGUAAAGAGUGUUAUUUUAUCAUCAUAUUUGAAAGAAACGCUUCAUGCAAACCCUCCAACUCCUUCACCAGCACCAUCUCCAGAGCUCAAUGAUUAUUCUGAACCUCCAACUUCUCCCUGUCCUACUAUUUCUCCAUCAAUCUCUCCUGCAGCUUCUCCGACCACAAGCCCAAAAAGUGGGCCUGACAAUUCUUUAUCUCCUGUAAAUUCUCCAGUUCAUUCCACUGUAACAGCUGAACCUCCUCAACCAUGUGGAUACCAUGGUUCUCCAGUUUCUCCAAGCCCAUCACCUUCUCGUUCUAACCUGAGUCCUUACUUACAUCCAGCAGAUCCUCCAUCACAGCUGCCCCCAGACAUGUCCCCUUCGCCUCAAGCAUCCUUCAAUAAUCCAAGGAAAGGUUCAGUAGCUCAAUUGCUUGCUCCAUCUCCAUCUGCGUUAUCUCCAACAUCUGUAGCGGCAAAACCUUUCUACAGGGAGCUCUCAUGGUUGGGAUUUUCUGGAGUCUUGAUCUUCUAUCUUUUUUGUUGGCAAUAUUGACAGUAAAUUUCCUAAUCACAGUACCGGAGACAGUUUCUGAGGCACAGUUACAAGAUGUUUGAUACCCAGUUUUGCUCCGGCGAGAAUGAUAGAAACUUCUGUGGAAAGUUCAGAAGUUUUUCAUGUUUUUUUUUUUUUUUCUUCAGGCAAUUGACAUAAAUGUAAAUGAAACAAAGGAUGAAUCACUGGUCAAAGCCAAGAAGGUGGCAGGCCUGGCAUCUCACUUCUAGUUUCCUGAUGUUAAAGUGAAACAUUAGAGGUUCUUCUCAAAGGGAGCAACCUCUAGACUCAAGAAAUCAACAUUGCAUUGCAGAUUUCAAGAACCAUUUCUGUAUGUUCCAAGUGUAAAAUACAUGGUGUUCCUUUUGAGCAUCUGCAAUACAAUGUUAAGCUAUAGUUGUAAUGGAGAAACUAGUGUCAUAUAAUAGAUUUGUAGAGAUAGAAUACAUUUUCAAAUGAAAUUUAUCUUGGAGA